UAUCGAGCACGACAUAAGCAUCUCUGGUCAGGUGGCCCCAUGUCAGUACACAUUCCGUUCGGUCACACAACGGAGCGAAACAUUGUUUUUGUGUUUCCUGCGAGGCGAGACGACCAUGCCGGAUGGUUUAUACCACGGCCGCCGCCUGGUAUCAGUGGGUUCAGUUGGUGAUAGUGUUCGGAAGCGGAAACAUUACGGGUUUUCAUUAGUGCUUUCCAAUAAGUGUCACUGGCUCGCUACAUCAUCUUUCCGCAGCAUGUGUUUUUCUCUUCCACGAAGAGAGUACUUUAUGCCGUAAAUUGCGUAUUUGGUGUUAAGUUUUGGGUAACAUAUGAAAAGGAAGAAAUACAUUUAUAUUAAAAGUCUGCUAAAUUGCUACGUGUAAUGGGAUGCAACUGGUUGGUAAUAGCGUGUUACAACUAAGCUGCAGAAACCAAAAAAAAAAGGGAGUGAAACGUUAGACGACACAUUACCAUGUACAUCAAAUCUGGCCACCGAUUUCUCAGCGAUAAAGGCCAAAUAAUCUUUCCCGGACCACCGACUCGUUCGCCAGCGCUGUACUAUCAGACUACUACGCCAUCGACUACAACGACCACCAGCACGACCACGAUGGCUUCUCUGCCGGAUUCGGGCGUUAGUGAUGAGAAUGGAAACUAUAUAGUACCAGACAUGUGGCAGAGUAAAUCGAGCUCCGGUUCGGACAUGCUGUCGGAUAAAAUACAGAUGUUCUACAUCUACAUUACCGUCACAAUAACGUCCGUCUUCAUCAUAGUCGUGCUGGGCAUAUUUGGAUACAUGUGCUACAAGAGGAAAGGAUUUCAGAAUAUUGAUGGUCCUCAAGCACCAAUCGAAACUACGAGACGAAGAAGCAGCACCCAUAGAUCCACUCGUAGGUAUUCGCGGAACAUUUCCAAAGAACGUGAAGCCGCUGCAUCUGCAGCAAUCGCCGAAGACAAUCCCGGGCAAACGUUGCUUCGGUGAACCACGCUCCAUACCGCUAGGACAUCGGUUGCAUUCGAAGAAUAUCUUCGAUAUUUUACGAGCCUUACAAACGUAUCGCAUUUUUAAAUUUUGAAAUGGUUUUUUUAAUGAAGUACAAUAAACAGUGAGCGACAACAUAUACUAUCUUAAACGAUUGAAUAAACUAGUGGUAUUUUACGCAAA